CACAAAGGGCAUCAUCGACUCUGCAAGACAAGAAACUGGAGCUGCAGGAGGUCGGUGCGUGCCGUGGGUCUGGGGCUGCGUGGGACAGACCAGGGGAGGGAGGGAGGGAGCGGGUCCCUUGUCGAGGCCAAGCCCCUCACCCAGCCACCUGCGUGUCCCAUGUUGGGGUAUGGCCAAGUUCCUAAAACAGUUUAAAGAGAGAGGAUCCGUGGGGAAAAGCAGCCCUGUGGCUGUGCCCAGGCCUGGCUGGUUGGGCAGGGAGGUCCCUCGGGGUGCAGGCAGGGCAGAGGUGUUGGCACGAUGCUGGUCGCCGCCGUGCCCACGCUUCCCACCUGCAUCGGGGGGACUGAAUGUGGGAAAUACCUUGCUGGGUCUGGGUGACGUGCUGGGGUGGCCCCAUGGGCUGGGGACCCCUCUCUUUGUGCAGAGGCUCCGCGAGCUGCAGCAUCGAACCCGCUCCCUCCUGCGGCAGCGGCUGGAGACCCUGGAGCAGCUCCGGGUGCUGCUGAGGGAGGAGGAGGCGACCGCAUCUCAUCAGCUCCAGGAGGCUGUGGAGAAGAGAUGGAGCCGACGUCCUCGCCUCCGCUCUGCCACCUCCCCGUCCCCGAGCACUUCGCCCGGUCUCCGGCAGCACAGCCCUGGGUCCCUGAGGCUCCUGCACCACGUCCAGCGCUGCCUGCAGGAGCUGCAGGUGGAUAAGACACACCGCACGGGCAGCCUGGAGCACCCCGAAGUCCUGGGAGGAGAGCUGGGCACCGCAGCAAGCGAGGAGGAAUGGGGACAGCCUGGGACAAGGGACUCGCCCCCUGCUGCAGCCUCACCCAAGCACAAGAGGUUCCUGGUAGCAGACACCCCACGUCCCAGCAGGAGGAAACACGACUGCAGGAGUCGUCGUCUGCUGUGACAGGGACUUGGACUGGGGCACGGAGGUGCUGAGACAUCCCUGGCUGCUCCAUCUCCCUGUGCGUGCCCAGAAGGACCAGCCGUGAAGCUUCUGGACCCUCCCUUCGCAGGACUUUCCCCGCAAACCUUCCGAAAUGGAAACUUCCCUUCGGGUCCUCCUGGCCGUGCUCCUUUCCAGAACUGCUGGCUGAGGGACAACAUUUGUCUUGGGUGCAACAAUCAGUAUGGAUCUGGAUCUCCACCAGGUCCAGCCAGGCCAAAAUUGGAGCCCUACCAGCAUCUUUACCCCUGCUCCUGGAGCUCCAGGUGUCCCCAGGCAAGCAGGACGUGGCCACGCAGCCAAGGCAGGGGCACCAGCCCUGGGAUGGCUGCAGGCAGCAACAAUUAAAAAAAAAAUAAAAUAGGGAUUUCUGUUUUUCUGUUUAAAAGCUUUCAUUCCAUUUGAAAGAGGAGAGACCUUUUUCUCAGUCUCGGCACAUCACAUUGGAGAAAAUACUGUUCUUAAUUUGCCGGAGAGUGUCCAAGGAGAGCUCCUCUCCUUGCAAGGGGGGGGAAAUGAGAAUUUCUUGCAGCACUCGAUUAUGCUGCGCCUCCUGCCAGGGGAAGAGAGGGAAUGAGAACAGCAAUAUUUGUAUGCUUUCUUUCCAAUUAAAAGAAAAGUGUUUUUCAUUAUAUUUUUUCUGGAAUGUUGGACUGGGGACGUUUCUGAAAUUACCUAUGAUGCACAGCCCUUGCUGAAGUUAUUGCAUUUUUUUUUUCUUUAAUUUUCAC